UCAUGCUGCAUUACUGUAAUAAAGGCAGCGAUAUAUAAUGUAGAUAAGUGUAAUUUCUCUUAAAGAGUAUAAAGUAGAUUUCUUCUUCUUUUUCGUUACACUCUUGACCGAGCUGUCGUAGUCGACCUACGGUAUCCCAUCUCUAUCUGUUAAUGGACUCCCUGGUGCAUUCAAGGAAGGACCGCCCACUGCAGACUUUAUUUGGUUGGUUCAUAGCACGGGUGACCUUUCACACAGUCUAGUGCCCUCAACUCUGCCCUACACGAUAAGAUGCUCUAUGGAGUCAAAGCUCCGUCUUGAGACGUAUCCGAAGAGAAAGUAGAUUAACAGUAUAUAUAAUUUAUUCCAGCUUAUAAAAUGAUACUGACCAAAUACUCAUUGUGUAUUUAUUACAUGUUUCUUGUGAGGAACGUAGGGUCUUUGACUCCAGUGGUAGACUGAUGGGUAACCUUAAAACAAGACAACUUUUGCCCAUAAAUAACAAAUGGAAUCCCGAGGUAUUUGUGCAUUAUAGGAAAACAAAAGAUCAGUAUUAUGACGCUGAUUUAUUUAGCAGAAUAGAAAAACUCACAGGUACUAUAAGUAGAUCAACAACGCCACAACCACAAAUGCAGCACCAAGUGAAACAACAAGAUGCGGAUCCAAAGCCAAGUCUAGGACCAGAUCCAAAACCGAGUCCAGAACCAAAGUCAGAACCAGAAUCAGGCCCAGAGCUAGGUCCAGAACCAAGCCCGGAACCCGGUCCAGAGACAGGUCCAGAACCAGGCCUAGAACCAAGCCCAGAGUCAGGUCCAGAGCCAGACCCAGAACCAAGCCCAAAAACUGAUCCAGAACCCGAUUCACAACCCAGUUCAGAACCCGCUCCAGAAUCCGCUCUAAAACUAGGCCCAGAAGCAGAUCUAGAAUCUAAUUCAGAACUAGGCUCAAAUUCAGGCUCUGAGCUAAGGCCAAAACCAGGCCCACUGCCUGAAGCUUUAAAAAAACAAGUAAAUGAUCGACUGAAACUUCCACUACAUUCUGGUGGUCUUCCAUCUCGUCAUCAUAUAACUAACAUUAUGCCUCUAACGGGUGCUAUAGAUAUACGUCAACACUUAUUUAUAAAGGAUUUACAAGACUUGGGCUAUUUAGAGCAACACGAAGAGGGUUACAAUAAUGUUCCGCCAGAUAACAUUUUUGUUAAUAAUUUUUAUAAAUUUAAUCAUCAACGUUUUGCGCUUGAACCGCAAACUAAAGCAACACAAAAAAUAAACCUAAAACGAAUAAAUAAUUAUGUAACUCCUAAGCAUAACGCAUUGAGACAACUUGAUGAAGAACAGAAAAAUGAUCAAGGAGUUACUUCGGAACUUACUUGGCCAACAUUUGGAAAAAAGGAAACAAAAAAUCAAAGUCCAGAAAUUGAUUGGGAGAAUUUUGAUGAAGAAAAAUUGUUUAUAAAAUAA